AUGGAGAUUGAAUUACAAAAUAUCCCAGCCAAAAAUGACUGGGUAGUUAACAAAUCUAGAGCUUAUUCAUCAGCAUAUUUGCACAAUGAGAAUGAACAAAUACAAGAUGAAAGCAAAGCUUUCACAUUAUAUGAGCAGCAGCCAGUUACAAUUAAAAAUCUAGGAAAAACCGACGAACAAGAGACGGAAGAAAAUUUCGCUUCAUCACUACUUGAGGAAGACGAUGAAGAAUCUUUUCCUGAAGGCGGUAUACAAGCAUAUUUAGUCGUAUUCGGCAGUUUUAUGGGAUUGAUUCCUGUUUUUGGAAUGAUCAAUUCCUUGGGUGCUAUACAAAGUUAUAUUAGUUAUAAUCAAUUAAGUGACGUCAAAUCAUCAACAGUCUCGUGGAUUUUCUCUAUUUUCUUGGCAAUUUCCUUCGUUAGUUGUGUUUUUACAGGUGCCUAUUUUGACCGGAACGGUGGGUUCAUCCCAAUGGCCGUGGGUUCCUUGUUUUAUGUCGGUGGCAUUAUGGGAUUAGCCAAUUGCACAAAAGUGUGGCAUUUUAUUUUAUCUUUUGCCCUUUGCACAGGUUGCGCUACAGGUAUAUUAACCACUCCUCUCGUCAGUUGUGUAGCAACUUGGUUUUAUAAGAAAAGAGCUUUGGCUACAAGUAUUGCCUCUAUUGGUGGAUCUAUUGGUGGGAUUGUGUUUCCCAUAAUGUUGAGAAAAUUGUAUGUUGAAGUAGGUUUCCAAUGGGCCAUUAGGAUACUAGGCUUUAUUUGUUUGGUAUGCUUGUUAACAGCUGUGUUUUUGGCUAAAGAAAGAAAAAAUUUGAGGAAAAAAAUUGAACCUUUUGAUACUAAAUGGGAACUUAUAAAAUGGUAUGUAAGUAAUAGCUUUAAUUGGAAGUAUUUUUUGGAUUUAAAGUUCCUGUUUGCAGCACUGGGUGCUUCAUUUGCAGAAAAUUCGUUAACUUGUUCAGCUACAUUUCUGGCAUCGUAUUCUAUUUUAAGAGGAAAUUCUCAGAAUAUAUCGUAUGCAUUAAUCACAGUCACAAAUGCAGCAGGGAUCUUGGGAAGAUAUAUCCCAGGAUAUUUAGCUGAUAAGUGUAUGGGACGUUUUAAUGUUGUUAUUAUCACAAUUUCGUUUGCUGCAUUAUUUAAUUUUGUGUUGUGGUUACCCUUUGGUGGUCAUAUUGGAUGUUUAUGGGCCUAUGUCUGUUUGUAUGGUUUUAGUAGUGGGAGCAUUUUAAGUUUAACACCAUCUUGCAUUGGGCAAAUAUCAAAGACUUCAGAAUUUGGACAAAGAUAUUCUACCACAUAUUUAAUUGAGGCAGCAAUGACAUUACCCAUUAUUCCAAUAGGUGGUGCGAUUAUAGGUGAUGGUAAAAGUGUCAAGAAAUAUAAUGAUUUUAUUGUGUUUUCUACCAUGUUAAUGGUUACGGGGGUUAUUUGUUACAUAAUAUCAAGAGUUUUGUGUGUUGGGUUUGCUAUCAGAAAGUUUUAA